AUGGCUUCAACGAUUAAUUCCCAAAACAAACAAGAAACCUUGUAUCAAAAAGCUUAUACCGGACCCCAUGCCACAUUUGCUAAAAUUUUUCUUCGGCCUGGCAUUAACUUUGAUUAUCUAGAAGAGGUAGCCUCAGACUUGCUCUCCUCUGAAAAAGAGUAUGGUGAAAAAUAUACAAUUGAUACGGGAUUCCGCAUUUUUCUCUUGUUUCUUAAUGUGAGCAUGGCGAAACUUGCAACACGAGAAUUGUCUACCAUCGAGAAGAUUAUUUGGGUCCGUACGUUGCUUCGAGUUUUUGAAAAACAGGCUUUUCUUGGGUUUGUGAGCGUUGGAGGCCUUUUGAAAGGCUAUCAAUUACAUAAAGCAAAUCAACAAAGGAGAAUCUUUGGAGAACUUAUCAGCGAGGUGGAAGAUGUAUUCAUGGAAGGACUUGAUAAGAUUCUUGAUCAGUAUUGCGCUCUCGAUUCUUCAGAUGAUGUAACAGACACGAUUGCAUUUCUUUGCGGUCGAUGCCUCUCAUUCAUUCCUACUAGGAGAUUGCGACAUUUGAAACAAAAGGCAAACCUUUUAGGGAUUAUCACAAUCGUAAUUGUAUCUAGCCCGCGUACUUUUCAAGAGGGACAAUUUAUUGGAGACAUUACUAAGGAAAUUGAGUCGCAACAAGAAAUAAAAUGGACGAAAGAGUUUCAGUCGUAUAAAAAUUUACAAACCCUGAGUAAGCAAGCUCUUUUCGCUGAAAUGGGACCAAUCUCAAGAGCGGUAGGCAAACUGGUCAAGGUUAUCGAGAGGGAAGAUCUAAUUAACCCGCUUUAUCAGAUCAAUAAUUUUGCCCAUAAUUUGUAUCUUCUAUGGGAGAAAUGUCCACUCAGUCAGGUUAAGGAAGAAUUAAUGAAUGAUGAAACAAAAAAAGCUACUCCAUUGCUUUGGCUGGUUUUCAAAACAAUUCUUUUCACAAUUACGAUGAUAUUCAAAGCUAUUGUGGACAAUUCACUUGUGAAGGGUGGAUAUUGUGAUACAGAAGGAGAAAAACUAGAUAUGUUGCUGACUUUUUCUUAUACUUAUUUCAUCACAAUUCGUUUCGAUUUAUAUGGAUUUUCUGUAUACAAAGAAAUAUUCCACACUAUCUUAAAUCAAUUAAUGGAAACUCCGUCGUUCUGCAAUGAAAUUCUCAAUAUGCUCAAACAUAUUGAAGUGAACAACCCUAUGGCUGAAAAUCGCAUAAUUUUUUAUUUUCUUGUGGCCGAGCAGAUAAUGAAAGUACUUGAAGAUAGUAUAGUCGAACGAGAGCUAUUGCCUACAUUAUGCCUAUAUCUUACAGAUAAUUCAAAUCUAUAUUUGUUUGAAUCGGCACAUUCGACGGUAUUGGCGAUUUAUAUUACGCAAAAAAGUAUUUCGAAGGAUUUCAGUUCUUACUAUUCAAAUUUACUACUUGAGGGAUAUCCAGCGUAUCUAUCAAUUGAACAGCUUCGGGCUGCUUAUACCACUAUGAUUAAAUCGUUAUCGGAAACUGAUGAUGCUUUAGUUUGGUAUUGUCUAGAAAACCUAUUGGAUAAAAUAGAAAGUCUUCCAACCUCUUCAAAUCUAGAAUUGUCAGAACAGCAGUCUACUACCACUGAGACCAAUAACAACGAAACAAGAGAAAAUCCAGAAUCUGAUUCAUCAAGUAUAAAUUUAAAUGUUAGCGAAAAAGAUGUCGUUUCAACAGCAUUGUAUCUUCAACGUGGCCAUCUUCUGCUCACUUUAAUCGAUCAAGUGGGAACAGUCAACUUAAUUUUCCUGGAGACUUUAUUAUCUAAAAUUAAAUCUUUGAUAUCAUUGGAAUCGAACGGAAUAGCAAAAAGCGCGCUCCAGAAAGCAUUAUUUGACGUGCUGAGCAAAAACUUGGAUUAUACAAAAAAAGAUGCGGGAGUAAAAUGGUGGUUAAAUGAAGGGCGAGAAAUUACAAAUGAGAUUCAAGCUUAG